CGCGGCGGGGAGCGCGCGGCGGGGAGCGCGCGGCGGGGCGGCCUGGGACUGUCCGUGAGACGCGCGCGCGCUGGCUGACCGGCGGGCAGGCGGCCGGAGGGCUCUGGGUCGCAGUCCGGGUGGGCACUUGCGGUCCCCGGCGCGGGGGCUCCUUCCAGAGGCAGUUGCUUCUUGAGAAUGGGACCCUGUCCCCUUCCCCACCUCCUGUGACCGGGCCAGUGGCCACCGUGUCUCCGGGGAUGCCUGUGAACCACCAGCAGUCAGACUCGUCGGAGAUGGACUCGGAUGUGUCCCCCAGCUGCGGGCUCAGCGACCUGAGCAGAGGGGGCAGCUUGGACAGUCGAAGCAGCAGCUCCCGCUCCAGGAGUUUGACUUUGGAUGAUGAGAGCCUGAAGUACCUGACCCAUGAGGAAAAGGAUGUCAUCCUGUUUUUUGAAGAGACCAUUGAUUCCCUGGAAGAUGACUUUGAAGAGCAAGUCCUAUGUGACGGCCACUCUCUGGGGUCUCUCGGAGAGUAUGCUUCCGGUCAUGAGCCAGGAGAGGUCAUUGAUUUAGUGCAGCCAGCUCCGGAGGCAGGGGAACCGGAGUGCCUCCCGGCUGGGACAGACAUGGCAGGGGCUGGCCCUGUCGGGAAGGAAGACAUUCCUGUCCUUGAAGGCAGGAGCCCAGAAGCCGGGGGUCCAUCCUCGCCAGACUCCGCAGGUCCACAGACCCCUCCUGUGCUACCCUCCCAGCCUGUGGCCGCAGCGGCAGCGCCCCCCAGGAAAGAGCUGCCUGCCCCUGUGCCCCCCACAGAGCACCCCAAACUGCCCCGCUCUGUUCCCACCCCACUGGUAAUCGCUCAGAAAAUGUCCGAGAAGUUGGCUGGAAAUGAAGCGCUUUCACCCGCGUCCCCCUCCAAGGAGGGCAAGCCUGGGGACUGGAGGACACUGCCUUCGGGGGCCCCUCGGAACGGGGACCCCUUCCUGGGGCACAGACACAUGGCCCAGCCUGCGCCCAAGAUCCACCGCUUCCCGAGCAACAUCAGCGUGACCAACAGCGCGGGGAAGGAGUUCAACAAGACCAUCUCCAAAGCAGCUGUCAAUGUGCAGGAGCGGAAGGCCCGGGUCUUGGCCAACAUCAAUGGCAUCUCUUUCCUGGCCGCCGGGGAAGCGGAAGACCGGGCCCCCAGGGCUGAUGUCACCGAGCAGACGACACGUGGCCAGAGCAAGCCAUGCCCCGUCCACGAAACCACGUCCACACGGGCUGGCGGCCACGCCAGCACUCAGCAGCAGUCCAGAGGCGUGCAGACAGAACAGUGCCUGCCAUUGCCCAACGGCUUCCAGAGCAUCCACGAUGUCCUGAAGAGUGAGCCCAGUGCCUUCGUCGUCUCCACGGGAAAAACUGUCACCUUCCGUCCAGACCCGGCGCUUGCCGGCAAACUUGCCCGCCAGAAUGCCAGCAGGAGCUUUUACGAGCACCGGCAGCCGGACUGCGGCCAGGAUGCCAGGAAGCGGUCGGGUUCACUGCCCAGGGCUGUUGGGUUCAGGCCCCAGGGCAUCACCGUCCAGUUCUCUGGCCGCGGGUCUACGGAGGAGGCCCGCCGGGAGGCCCUGCGCAAGCUCGGCCUUCUGAAGGAGAACUUGUGAUGGAGGAUGGGGGGGGCGGUGCUGGAGAGGCACGAUGGCCAGGCCCGUGAGGCCUAACACGGAUGUGCCCGCCUGAGGAGCAGUGGCCAUGGUCCCAGGACUGUGCCCUGAGGAGGAUGACAGAUGACAGGUGCCAGGACUCUGCGGGCCGGGCGGAGGGAGUGGGGACAGGAAGUGCCACCUGACUCCGCUGCUACAUCCGAGCAGGGCGAUCCUUCUGGGAGAGUAUGGCCCUGUAUCUUGUCUUCCUUUUUCCAGGAGCUCAGAGAAGAACCCUGAAAACCCUAAAUGCCAUAUCUCUUUUUUUUUUUGGAUUUAGAAGGAGGGGGAUUGGGUCUGAUUUGUUAUUCUUCCAUCUCUCAUCUAGACUUUUACCCCAAGGACAUGUGACACCCAAGCCAGGUUAGAUCUCUUACACUCAAUUAUCCAUGAAAGGGAUUUUCUCUUCCUUUUCUCUGUUUCCUAAAACAGAAAUGCCUGUUCAAUUUUCAUAACAUCUCAAAGCAUCUCCUUUGGUUUUUCGGUUUGUUUUUCAGGGGUAAAGGUUGGUGUGUUAACCCUAGAUGUGUCUUUGUUUCUGGAUAUGAUUUGGUUUGCCCAUUUGUGUGUGUGUGUGUUUUUUUUUUAAUUGAAAAUUGAACCCUUCAGGGUAUGAUUUACUGUAAUUUUGCGUUACAGGAGUGGAAUGGAAAGGUUGGAUUUGGAAAAGGUGGUAGUUUUCAGAAAGCAAGUCCCAUCAGACUGCGGGGGCUUUGUCACGGGAGAUACGUGGUGAGCCCAUCAGACUGCAGGGGCUUUGUCACUGGGAGAUACGUGGUGAGCCCAUCAGACUGCGGGGGCUUUGUCACUGGGAGAUACGUGGUGAGCCCAUCAGACUGCGGGGGCUUUGUCACUGGGAGAUACGUGGUGAGCCCAUCAGACUGCGGGGGCUUUGUCACUGGGAGAUACGUGGUGAAUGUGUAUGGUGUGUAUAUUUUUACAUAAGGUGUGUUUAUAGAAACGUGUUCACACGCACAUGCAUUCGUGAGUCCAUAUCUGCAAACUUCUGAAGACCCUAUAAGUGACUACAGGAUGCAAGCCCUUCCCACUCUCUUGACGGAUGCGACCAUACCAGCUGCGACGGGACAGAGAUUGGAACCUCUAAGGGCACAUCUCCAUUGUCUUCACAAUCACCCAUGUGUCGCUCUGUACCCAAGGAAGGUAAUAUUCCAAGUAGGCUUCCAGAGAAGCAAAAUAGUUCCUUCUGAUUUCAAUUUAUCACCCAAUUCUAGUUGUGCAUGUUGCAAGGUAGCUAGGGUAAACAGAAGGAAAUAAAAACAUUCUUGAGAUCUCUCAUGUUCUGUGAGUAAGAUCUCAGGAUUAGCUUUAAAGGGGAAAAAAAAAACCCAGCAAACUAGGUUCCACAGUCGGAGAAGAACUGCUUUUCUCCCAGACUGUGUGUUACAUGCUGAGUUGUAGCCACAAGCAUUAUUAUUAAAACUAUUUAAGGCUGGAGUCUUAAGCCUCUAAAAAUAGACUGGGAAGGGCCCCAGUUGCAAGUCACGCCCUUCUGUUAUUAUAUCUCAGCCAGUGUCACAGUCUCGGUUUCCUCCUGUUGAGUAUUAUUUAAAUUAAAACUUUUAAAUGUGCCGUAAAGCACGUCUUUCAUAGUAUUCAAUUUGCCUUGUAAGUUCCAUAAAAUGAUGGUCAUUUUCUUCCUUAGAACUAUGGUAUUUAGUGUCUCAUCCAGCCCGUGUCUUCCUGAAAUAAUCUUAUAGAUUCUUGAUGGUCUUAAUUUAAAUAGGUGCUUUGAUUUUACAGGUUUUUAAAAUAGUUUUUAUUGUGCUCCUAUUUGUAUUCGAUUUUGUUUGAAGAAUUCUUGAGGGCUGUAUUACCUUUCACAAAAUGAGAUGCCAUACACAGUGUUUAAAAAUAGAGGGUCUUGAUAUGGCUAACAUUUUAAAUAUCCUUUAAAUAUGAGAAUUAUCUGUAUCCUGUGACUUCACUGUGAUUAAGGUCAACGUGACUAUAUAUUAGUAUAUUUGUUCUCACAAUGACGUUUUUGAAAAAUAAAUUUGGAGAUUUAUCUUAAGUA